CCCUAGAUUCCCCUCACUAAUUCUUCAAUACCCUCUCCCUCACUCUCAUUUUACUCACAACAUGGUCAAGCUCUCUGUUGCAUUCGCCGCCAUGGCUCUCAUGGCCGUCGCCGUCUCCGCCACCCAGCCUCAGGAGUGCUGGUGCCGCAUGACCUCGGGCGACGUCGAGGACGUCCACCCCAGCCUCAUCUCCAUCCUUUCGGGCAACGGCUCUGGCAACGUCGACAACCUCAACGGUAACAAGGACAACGGCAAUGGAUCCGCCAACGGAAACGGCAUCGGCUCGGGUGACUUUGACGGCAACGGUUCUGCCAACAAGGGCAACAAGGGCAACGGAAAUGGUAACGGCCUCGCCUCGGGCAACGGCAACGGCUCUGGUUCCGGAAACAAGAACAACAAGGGCAACGGAAACGGCAACGGAAACGGCAAUGGCUUCGCCUCGGGCAACGGAAACGGCUCGGGCUCCGGAAACAAGAACAACAAGGGCAACGGGAAUGCCAACGGCGCCGGCAACGGCAACGUCGGCAACAAGGGCAACGGAAGUGGCAACAAGGGCAACCUCGACGGCAACAAGACGUCGCACAAGAGGCGUCUGGACUAA